AUGAUGCGGAGUCUCAAGUACAGCGCCAUCCGCGCAGCCAAGGCGGUGGGCCUUGCGCUGCUCGUCGCAGCGUUACUGGCUGCCAACGUUCUCAUUACUCUCUUCAUGAGUUUCUGGACAUGGAUGGGCUAUGUUCGCCACUGUGCCAACUACCGCCCCAAAGGUGUCGCCCUGAGCGAGAGCAGCGAGCCGCCGCCCAAGCUCGGCCCUCAGGUCAACGGCGUCCUGACCAUGGUCAGCCGUACGAAGCAGCUUGAAGGCUGGCGUGGUCUCUACCAAGGCGCAACCGUGUCGUUUGUGAUGAACUACCUCGUCGCACUCGUCUCGCUCCUCGGUGUGCUCUUUAUCGUGAUCCUUACGUCGCAAGUCUCGAUCCCGAAGCACGGCGAAAAGUACCUGUUUAUCGCGUACAUUUUCAUCUCGAUCAUCGGCCCGGUGCUCAUUUCUCUCCCAUUCGAGGUCGUGCUGUACCGCACCAUGGUCUACCCCCGCCGCCUGAACUGGAAGGAGCCGAAGCGCUGCCUGCGUGCGGUCCUGUCCGAGGCCGAGAUCAAGAACCCGUGGCGCCUGUACACUCUCCCUGGCGUGUUCGUCCUUCUCCUUGUGCGCCAGCUUGUCGCCACCGGCCUGCAGGCGACGCCCAACUUUGUCCUCGAAGCGUACCGCGCGAAUUUCGUCCACUUUGUGCUGGGCGCUCCGGAAGCUGCGGCGAAGCUCACUGCGGUGCGCUUUCUGGUGCUCGUCGUGUACUCGGCGCUGACCGUUGCACUCACCGUUCCGAUCCAGGUGCUGAUUGUGCGUCUUGCGACGCAGCGCACCGCCUCGAGCGCCUUACACGCCGAGGACGCCGCCGAGCCCGAUGUCUUUACGCCGCGCACGCUCGAGCCGACGUCUGAGCCGGUGAUUUCGCUGCGCCCGUGCACGGAGCCGCUGAACGAGGCGGAGUCGUACUAUGGCGCCACGACCGUCGCUCCGUACACCGGCGCGAUCGACGCGGCGAAAAAGAUGGUCGCCGAAGAGGGCCACGAGAGUCUGUGGCGUGGCCUGCGUUUCAUCUCAAUUCUCGUGCUCUUUGUGAAUAUCGGGCGAAUGGAUCAGUUUGCUAGUAUUGGACACAAGUAG